UCCAUCCUGCAGCCGACCGAGUCAGUUCACAGUGGAAUCGCGACCAGACUUCUGUCGUCGCGACGCUCGUUUCCUGGUCACCGUUUCGCGAUUCCCGUGUCUCGUCCGCGUCCUUUACUUCCACAGGAUCCUCCUUCGACAUCUGGGAGAAGCGUCUUCGAAGAAGUCUCGUGGUCGGUGAUAAAAGACGCAGCUUUCGGGAGGAUCCUCGAGGGAGAUCUGCAAAGGGUGGACAAUCAUUACGUGCUCUAAUUGGUAUUUAACCGGUUGAUUCAAUAAUUAAGACGAAGACGGUGGUGAAAUUUGUCUGACAACUAUGGAUAUGAGAAUAACAUCGGUGAACGAUCGAACCGUGCGAUGUAACUGAUUUACAGUUAUCGAGCAAACUGGUGGAUUCUUUGUUGUUAACAAAGGAAGCUGAUCGCGAGAGGAUCGUCGUCGUUGGAACAGGGUGCAGACAUGGAAACUACCAGUAGCCCGCCGGUUGUACCGGCAGCAUCCUUGGAACUAAAAACAAGAAGAGCACAGUUCCAAACACAGGUUUCGACUUUGGAUACCAAACGAAAACAAGCGAUAUACGUGAGGAGAGCUUUUAAAAAAUAUGGCCCAAAGAGCAACCCCAAUGUCAUUCUAGAUGGGCUGAACAUGACGGUGCCGAAAGGCACUAUAUAUGGCCUGCUCGGAGCAAGUGGUUGUGGAAAGACUACGUUGCUGUCUUGCAUCGUGGGUCGAAGACGUUUGAACUCCGGGGAGAUCUGGGUCCUGGGUGGUCGACCAGGAUCGAAAGGAUCCGGUGUACCGGGUCCACGGGUUGGUUACAUGCCGCAAGAGAUUGCGUUGUACGGAGAAUUUUCUAUAAGAGAGACCUUCAUUUAUUUCGGCUGGUGUGCCGGAAUGACGACACAACAAGUGGAUGGAAAAUUAGAAUUUCUUAUCAAGUUCUUGCAGCUGCCAUCAGAAAAUCGUUUGGUGAAGAACUUAUCCGGUGGUCAACAGAGAAGGGUGUCCUUUGCGGUAGCUCUUGUGGCCGAUCCAGAAUUGUUAAUCUUAGACGAACCCACCGUGGGCGUGGAUCCUGUUCUACGUCAAAGCAUCUGGGAUCACCUGGUCCAGGUGACGAAAGACGGGAAUAAGACCAUCAUCAUCACUACUCACUAUAUAGAGGAGACGAGGCAGGCUGGUAUCAUCGGUCUGAUGAGGAGCGGUAAAUUGUUGGCCGAAGAGUCACCGGCAAGAUUAAUGGAAAUGCUGAACGUGGAUAGUCUAGAGGCUGUGUUCUUGAAGCUCAGCAAACGACAGAACAUGGGUCUUCGAAGGAGAAGCAGCAUCCUUAGCAGCGUCACUGGCGUCCCUCCAGAAGUUGAUGCAGAUGACGAGAUGAGCGGUGAAUUUGGUGAUAACGUCAGUCUUUCUAGUCGAAGAAGAAGCGUUGCCGUCGACGAUGGAAAUGUACCAGAGCUACCGCCGGAAGAGAAAGGUCCCUCGAAAAUGCAGAUGAUCGAUCCUCAGCAUAUGAAGGCACUCGUAUGGAAGAAUUUCCUGUGGAUGUGGCGAAACGUAGGAAUAAUGUUAUUCAUCAUCGGUCUUCCGGUCGUCCAGAUCAUUCUAUUCUGUAUUUCUAUCGGAAAAGACCCAGAGGGCUUAAAUAUAGCAAUAGUGAACCACGAGCUGAACAACAGUAUGGACCCUUGUAUACCAACAGAGGGAUGUAAUUGGUCUCUGUUAAGCUGUCGGUUCUUAAAACAUCUAGAGGAUCGGUCGAUAGACCUUAUAUCGUAUAGGAAUGAAAUGGAAGCUAGAGAAGCUGUUGCAAACGGCAAUGCUUGGGGUGCCAUAACUUUUCCAUCCAAUUACUCUGAUUCUCUUCAGGCGAGAUUCGAGGAAGGCAAGGAUGUGGCUGAAUGGGAUGUCACGUACUCGACCAUGGAGAUAGUCAUGGAUAUGUCCAACCAGCAAAUCGGCCAACUUCUUCAGAGGGAUUUUUAUAUAUCGUAUCAGAACUUUGUUCGAGAAGUGACGGUAGCUUGUAAUUACAGUAAAAAAUACGCGAAUAUACCGGUGGAAUUCGAAGAGCCGAUCUACGGUCCUCUGGAGCCCAAUUUCACAGAUUUCGCCGCACCUGGAAUCAUUUUAACGAUCCUUUUCUUCUUAUCGGUCGCUCUAACUUCUGGUGCCAUGUUGUUAGAAAGAAACGAGGGUCUCCUCGAAAGGAGUUUAGUCUCUGGUCUUACUGGACCAGAAAUCCUUUUCGCUCAAGUUAUAACUCAAUUCGUAGUAAUGGUAGGGCAAACAGUGAUGGUUCUAAUAUGUGCGUUUGUGGUGUUCAACAUUACAUGUGAGGGUAACAUUGGUUGGAUCACCACGUUGACUGUUCUAACUGGGCUGUGUGGAAUGUGUUUCGGAUUCGUUAUUGCUUGUGCCUGCGACAACGAAAGGAGUGCCACUUACAUGGCAAUGGGUUCUUUCCUACCCAUCGUGAUGCUGUGUGGAAUAAUUUGGCCCAUCGAAGGAAUGCAUACUGUAUUAAAAUGCAUUAGCUUCGUCCUCCCUCUUACGAAGAGCACAGAGUCAAUGAGAGCUAUGCUAGCUAGGGGAUGGUCAAUUUCGAAUUCCACCGUCUACAAUGGUUUCAUUUCCACAUUCAUCUGGAUAUGCAUCUUCAUGACUCUCUCGUUACUGCUGCUUAAAUUUAAAAAGGGAUAAAAACUCUUCCCGAGUUUUAGAUUGAACUGCAUGAUUAGCUAUUAUUUGAGAAAAUUAUUCUAUUAAACAGACUGUAUAAUGUCGAAACUAUUCGACUAAUUUACUGUAUUUUGGAGUACGAGUGAAUGAAACUGCAUCAUAGAUGAUGCAAUGUACGUUUUUGCUCAAUACAAUUGUAUUUAUUACAUCAACUACCGUGGUGUCACGGGAUCGUGAUGGUAUUAUUUGUACAGUGCAGACAUAAGUAGAUGAUAAAUUAAACCUAUAGCUAUGCAAUCUUUAUUCAUUAUAAUAAUUUUUUAAUUAAUAUUGUACUAUAAGUAGAGUUAUAGUGUUCUUUUUUUUAUGAGCUUAUAAUAAAUAUUAUGUAUAUAGGAAUGUAUGUACUAAAUAAUUAGUGAACAAUUACUAGUUUGCUGUUUGUACAUGUAAAUGGAAGAAAGGACAAAUAGGGACAAGAUACUUUAAUAAAUAGCAAUUUAUAAACCAAA